AGAUCCAGGGAAGGGAUCCAGGGGAGAGAUCCAGAGAAAAGAUCCAGGGAAGGGAUCUAGGGAAGGGAACAAGGAAGAGAACCAGAGAAGGCAUCAGGGAAGGGAGCCAGGGAAGGACUCACGGAAAGGAUCCAGGGAAGGGACCCAGGGAAGGGACCCAGGGAAGGGACCCAGGAUGCUCCUGCAGCUCCCAUCCCACCUGUAGGGAGCAAUCCCAGCCCCGUGGAACCACAGGAAUCCUGGGACCUGCCAUGCCACCACAGCCCCACGGUGUCACAGGGUGUCCCUGUCACCAGCCCUGGCACUGAGCAGUUUUCCACGCUGAUUGCUCAACCUCUGACGGGAAAAAGCACAACCUUUCCCCCUCCAGUCCCUGUCACAAGGCUGGUUAAUAGGGUUUGGGCACCAGCUCAAACAAUACCAGGGGAUCAAAGCCAGCUUCUGAAGAAUUAGGGAGAUCACAGAGAAACUCAUGGCUCACGCUGAGCCUCCUCCUGCCACCCUCCUGCCCCUCCUGGCACCCAGCUUGGGCUGGGCCAGGACAUUCAGUCUGGCCCAAAUUCCAGCUCAGGAUGCCCAGGGCUGGGUGGGGAAUCCUUCCCCUGUGAGUAAGUGAAGGGCAGAGCUGGGCCUGGAGGCACAAAACGGCAUCAGAAAAGCAAAUAAGCAGCACAAGAUCGUGAUAGCAGGGGAAAGGAAGCUGUGGCGUUUACUUGCUGAGGAUAAUUUCCCCUCUGACGACAGAUUUUUCAAGUGGCAGAGGUGUUUUAACGGGUGGGCCUUGGAGGGCUGGUCCAAGUAAUCAGCCCAAAACAAUCUCAGGAAGUUUAAGUAACACAUUUUGAGCUCGGUUUGGUUGAACUCAUGGGUUCAGUUGUAGUUUGGAGGGACAUUUUGAGAGGUGGCAGCUGAUUUAAUUUGUGCUCCUCUUUCCCGGCCCUGCAGGAGUUCUGGGAAGGGCUGAGCUCCACAUGUGCCAGGGACCAGCUCUGGGUGUCCUGGCCAGGACCUCCUUGGCUUCCCGAGCAGGGAAGGGCAGCAAAGCGGGGAGAAGAUGCUGUGAAAGCUCUGGAAGGGCUUGAGGCUCCCAAAAAGCUGGGAUUGCUCCCCACCAGCUCCAGCAUCUCCAGGGAUGCACCUGGUAGAGAAAUCCAAUCACUGUUGAUGGGCAGAAUCCAGCACAAACACACCCAAACCUACCCAGUCCCCUCUCAGGGAGUUUCCUGCACUGCAAUGGGGAUGGAAGUUCCCACUGGAUGUAAAAACUCCAGUGCUGGCUCCUCAGGAAACUCCAGCUUGUUUUCUGCUCUGGUUUUCCUUCCACAAUGGCCAGUGAUCUAACUCUCUGUUUUUAGCACAGUUUAUUUGCUUUCCAGGAGAGAAAAUAAACUCUGAUAUUGUCAUUUAUGUUGUGGCCACAGACUCCAGGCGAAUUCUGAGGCUCUGGUACAAAGUGAUAGAAAACACUGAGGACAUUUGAUCUCAGCUAAUCUACUGGAAUAAAAAGUGUGAGAAAGAGAGGAGAACAGUCAUUUAUGUGGUGCUAGCAGAAAUCAGAUGCUUUCAGGUUUAUAAAUGCAGUUUUCACUGGAGUGGAUGCCCUGAUAGGUAAUAAAUUAGAGUGGUAAUAAAUGCUCAGCAGCAGAAAUGCAGCAGGCACAGUGCAACCAUGCAGGCUUUUCCCUGGAGCACUGCUGGUUCCUCUCCUGUGCCCACAUAUCCCACUCCAGCUCCCUCUCAGAACCACCAAGCCUCCCCUGGGCCCCAUUCCUCGGUGCCCGAGCUGUGAAUAAAACAGGCCAGGAGGGGAGAUGCAGAAAAGGCAGAGGAUUUGCAAUAAUUUUGCUCAGAAAAGACAGAAACGUUCCAGCUCUUUCUGUUGCAGCUGAGCUCUUGUUCUUGCUUGCCACUCCCUUUCCCACUGGAAGCUUUCCACGGCUCUGCCCAUGGUGGCACUCUCAGGUCUCUGCUUCAUCCCUGCCUGGUGCAACCAGAAAAACACAAAAACACAGCCCAGCCCCUCUCUCUGAGCCUCUUGGGGAACUUUGAGAGUUGUCUGAGCUCCACGAGAGCUCUGGAGCGAGCAGGUGACUUGGCCUGGCUGAACAAUCCCAAUUCUCUUUGCCUUUUCUCCUAAAAGAGAAGAAUUUGGGUUGGAAAAGCUGAGAGGGUUGGGAUUGUUCAGCCUGGAGAAGAAAAGCUUCGUGGUGACCUCGGUGUGGCCUUGCAGUGCCUGAAGGAGCUGACAGGAAAGAUGGAGAGAGAUUUUGGACAAGGGUUGGAGUGACAGGACAAGGGGAAUGGUGUAAAUGAUAUAAGAGGACAGGGAUAGAUGGGAUAUUGGGAAAAAAUCCUUCCCUGCAAGGGUGGAGAGAGGCUGGGAUGGAAUUCCCAGAGCAGCUGGGGCUGCCCCUGGACCCCUGGAAUGUCCAAGGCCAGGCUGGACAGGGCUGGGAGCAGCCUGGGACAGUGGGAGGUGUCCCUGCCAUGGCAGGGGUGGAAUGGGAUGAGUUUAAGGUCCCUUCCAACCCAAACUCUGGGAUUUUAUGACUGAUGCUAUGACUGCCCGCAGCAGGGACCACUAAAAAACCGAUGGAAGCCCUUGGGAGCCCCCUGCUCACGGGCAAGGUCCACGAGCUGAGGUUUUAAAACCAGAGGAACACCAAGAUCUCCUCACCUCGCUGUGCCCAUCCCAGCUCUGGAAAAGCUGGCACUGAAGAGCUGGAGCUGCAAGGGGGGGGAUGAAAGUGCAGUCCCACACUUGUGUGUGUGUGAGCUGCUGGCUCUUAACCCUUUUCCUUCCAGGAAUUGUCAACCUCCCCAUGGCAGCUCCAGAAGCAUGUUCUCACCACUCUGGCCAGUUUUAUUUAACCAUUAACUCCCUUUCCUUGCAGAUAUCCAAAGAAUGGGAGCUGUGGGAGAUCAGCUGGGGGAUUAACAGGAAGAUUUUAGCUUUAGGAGUAUGCUUGGUCACUUUGAUCACUCACACUGAUUUCUCCUCAUGAAUCUGAAAAUUCCUUCUCAUUAAUCUGAAAAUUCCUCCUCAUGAAUCUGAAAAUUCCUUCUCAUUAAUCUGAAAAUUCCUCCUCAUUAAUCUGAAAAUUCCUCCUCAUUAAUCCGAAAAUUCCUUCUCAUUAAUCUGAAAAUUCCUUCUCAUUAAUCUGAAAAUUCCUCCUCAUUAAUCUGAAAAUUCCUUCUCAUUAAUCUGGAAAUUUGCUCCCAUUAAUCUGAAAAUUCAUUCCCAUUAAUCUGAAAAUUCAUUAAUCUGGAAAUUUCUCCCCACUGCUGCCUUUGAGCACAAAGUGCCCCAGCUGAAGGUUUGAGAAGGAAAACCAUGGAAUUUUGCUGUGUCACAAACAAUGCCAGAUGCAUUUACUGCAUUUCUGGAAGGUUAUCCACAAUCCUGGAUCCCUGAAUGGUGCUGGACCUGCCUGCUUGGGGAAAAUAUGGAAUGUUCCAGGUGUACAUUAAAUAUCAGAUGAACAUUUCCUGAUCGUUUCAAGGCCUUUGACCCUGCAGGGAGAGCUCAGAGCUCCCUUUUCCCCAACACCACCUUUUAUUGGCUCUGAAAGUUCAGCUGGGAGCUGAAGAUGCUUUAAAUUAAGGGCCUUAAUCUGGUGAGAACCGAGCCACACGGAACACAGCAUUGGAAAGGAGUUUUCCUUGGCAGAAUUUGGGAGUUGCUGUUGGAUUAGGAGCUGGGUACAGCUCCUGCUAGAAGUGGAUUUCUGUUUGGAAUUCGGUAUUUCAAGAUUUCCUCACCUUGCUCCCCACAUCCCCCUCCUGCAGCAGCAAGGACUGAGAAUAUAUUUAUUUUUUUCCCCAAAAUACAAUGACUGGCUGGUGAUUUUUCUUUAAGAUAAGCCUAACUAAGGCCUAACUGAAAUCUUAAGUGAAGAUUUUGAACACAAAACAUAUGGUCAAAUAAACAAAUGUGGCUGGGGGGGUAUGAGUUCCAUUCUUCUCAGGUACAUAAAGCCUAAAUCCAAUUUCCUCUGCCCAAUUUCAUCCCUCCCAUGGACAAACCCAUUUUUAUGCACAUCUGCACAUCUGUAGAUGCCAUUUGCUUUCAUAUUUAUUUAUUUGCUCUCUCAAGUCUUAUCAAACCUGCAAGUUUUGUGGAAUUUUCAUUGGAUUUCCCCAUUCCUUCUCUUACCAACGUGGGUUCAUUUUCCCUUGGAGAUCCCAGCAUUAGACCUAUAAAGAUCCAGUUAAUGCCUAAACCCCAGGAGGUUACUGGGAAUGGGGAAACCACCUUUUCCUGAGGAAUUUUUUCCAGUUGACUUCAUGGUUAGGGAAGAAAGGCACACUCAUGCCAGUUUACAUGCAUGGAAAUGGUGAGACCCAAAAAAAUAAAAGCCCAGCGUGUUAUUUAUGGCAUUUCUUCUCCUCUUGUGGAAAGCUUUGAUUCCCCCAGCCCGUGUUUUCUUUGCAAGUACAAUACAAUUAAGCCAUUUUCAGCUGGCAAUAAAAUCCUUGAGAACCAAAGCAGAUUUGGCCACUUGAAGAGAUGAGGACUAAUGCAAUCUGAUAAUUAGGUCCUUUCAGCGCCAAGACAGAAAAAGCAAUUUCAUAACGUCUCCUGUGGAGUGAGACAGGGGCUGAAGCCUCUGCUCCAAGGUCUGGGCCUGCAACACAACUCCCAAAUUUCCUUCCAGGGGGAAUCUGCAGGAUCCCCCUGAGGGACAGGGGUGGCUGUGGUGACAACCGAGGGCAGAACUGCGACAGCAAAAGGGGAGAAAAAUUCUCCAAUGUUCUUCCUCUCCCCUGGUACCAUUUCUCCUGCAGAUAAAGGGUCCUGCCUUGAAAAAUCUCUCAGCCCGUGACCAUUUCACGUCGCUUUCCUGAUAUUCCAGUGAGAGAUUUCUGAGGCAAGGCUGUGCCAGAUUGCAAAAGCAUUCAUGGAGAGAAGGAAAAGGAACCCCUUGCUCGGCGCUGAGGGUUAAGUUUUCAGCUGUCUCACCCUCUUUGUCCUGGCUUGUUGCAACAGGAAAGGGUUUUUUAGAAACUUUUCUUGUAACUUCAGCUUCCCUGUUUGGAAGUUUGGAAGGGCUUCUCUCGCUGGAGCCCAGGCAGAGGGCCCCGUUAUGGUUUUCAUUACGUGUGCAAUAGGUUUAGAAUCGAUAUUUCGUUUUGAGAAGAGCUUUCUGGGCAGAGCUGCCCCGACUUUGAGCAAGCUGUGAAACACUGGUGAUGUAUCUGCUCUCCCCUGCCUCGUGUGAAAUGCUGAAUGGCUGAGUAAGCCUUACUCAUCUGGGCAGAUAAAUCUCUAGUAGGGCUGUAUUUUUUAUCAGCCGCUUCGCAUGAGUAAAGGCUGAGUAAGAGGCUCCAAAGCCGGGCUGCAAUCUGGAAUAUCUUGGGGAUUUUGCACAGGGAAUUGCUGUAGCCACCCCCCAGCAGAGCAUCUCUUAGCAGGAGCAGUUCACAGCUCUUUAUUUCACUGACACGUAGAUUUGGAAAUACUACAAGGUGUUGCUGUUUUAGCAGUUCAUGGGACGCACACAAAUUGAGAAACACGAGGGAUGUUUUUGCUCAGCUACAGGUACAUGAGCUGUGCCCGUAUCUUUCAGAUCCUGUGGAUUUCAUUAUCUUCCUCUCACUAAAUUGAUAAACGAAUUGCUGCCACCCCCUUUUAUAGAUUUUUGCUUUCCAGAUCCGUCACUUGUAAUUUUUGGACUUCUCUUCCCCUUGCAAACGAACGAACAACUCACAAACAGCGUUGGUUGCCCAACUCGCCAGAUUGCCCAACUCGCAGAAGCACUCGUCCCUCCUUCCCCCUCCCCAGCGCGUCAGUUCUGCUCCUCCUGCACUCACAAAUGUGGCUCUUGUGAACCAGCUGCCCUCGGCCGUUGUGUUUAUUGCUGCAACAAUAACAGCGGCACUUCCUCGCUGGGGAUGCGGGGAGCUCGGUGAGCAGGGCCGGUGCCAGGCACGGCAGCCGGUGGGGAUGGAGCAGCAGCAGCGUGGGGAGGCUGUUCCUGGAGCCCCUGAGCCAGGAGAGAGCAUUUGGGCAAAGAUCUUCCACCGAGUGUUUAAAGGCAGCUCGUGGCACACUCGGAAACUUAGCAAACUAAUGAGGAGGAGGAGGAGGAGAGUUUAAGCAACGAAGAGAGACUGCAGGCACUGGCAUUGCUGUGGAAAGUAAGAAAUCUUAUUUACAGCCUGCUCUGGACAUUGUAAGAAGCUCUCUGGAGGCUGACCCCUCAGCAGCUCCGGGCUGACCUGCUGCUGAUUCCCGCUGCUGAUUCCCGCUGCCUUUCCCGGGAGCAUCCCCAGCACUCAUUUUUGGGUGUUUCAGGGGCUGCUGUCGCAGUGCUGGGUGCAAUUCAAGGUGUUCGUGACAAUUCCUAAAGCCUGGGGUGCUCUGCCCCCCUGCAUUCAGCAGCCACUUUAUUUUUCCAGCACACCACGGGCUGGAUUUCAGCUGUUGUCCCUUCCCGAGGGCAGGGACAGUGUCCUGCUGCCGACACCUGCCCUGGAACCCAACACCCCUGCACUGUCCAUCAGAGCUGGAGCUUGCCAAACUUCAGGCUGUGCUUACAAGGCUGUUUUUGUUCCUGCAAGGCUCCCGGCCAGGCAUUUCAUCCCUGUUUUCUUUGUCUUAGGCCACGUCCACCGUAGGGAGGACAAGCUGUUAAAAAUCAUUUGGAUUUGUGCAUAUUUCAAGCCUGGCCAGGCUGGCCGAGCUGCCACAGGUGACUCAGGGAACAAAGCCGUGGAUCCCAGGCACUGCAGCCAGGCUCGUCCUUGCCUUGCUCCAAAAGAUCUUAGCCCGGGGAUCAAAGCUUUGUUUUGGAAGGGAUGUUUCGUUUCGUUAAGGAGAAGGAUUUUCGGUUUAGGGGCGGUGUUGUGCUUGCCUGGCUUCUCGUGCCUGCUAGGGUGGGGAGUUUGGGAUGGGACACCCUGCACCUUAGCAUUUCCCUUCGCUAAAAUAAAGAAAGGGACAAAAGAAACGAAACUUUUCUGUCUCCGGUAUUUUUUCUCACCGCCCGGGGCCUCGGACAUCAGCCCAAAACCUGGGAACGGGAGCGAGCGGGCAGCCAGCUCCCACACGGGACCAUCCCAAACUCCCCGUGAAGUCCCGAAAAAGCCUUUAUCGCUGCCGAGCGAGGCUGGGGGAUGCCGGCAGCAGGUGUUCGGUGCCCGAGGGCGCAACCGGAGCGUCCCGGAGCCGGGGAACGAACCCGCAACCGGCGCUGCCUCCCCGCCGAGCCGAGAGAGCGCGGCCGUGCCCGCUCUCCACCGCCGCUUCUCCCGGGACCCUCCGCACCGGGAACCGGGGGUGACCCUCCGCACCGGGAUCCAGGGAUCCGGCGCCUUCUCCCGGGACGCUCCGCACCGGGAGCCUGGGGACCUCCCGCACCGGGGAUCCCGGGAUCCCGGACCCGGCGCUUUCUCCCGGGAUCCUCCGCAGGGGGGACCCAGGGACUCUCUGCACCGGCAGCCCGGGGAUGCAGGGACCCGGCGUUUUCUCCCGGGAUCCUCCGCACCGGGAAGCCGAGGAGCCCCCGCAGCGGGGACUGGGGAACCCAAAGCCUUUUCCCGGGUUCCUCCUGGCAGCGGGAACUCCGGCUCCGCGCGCCGCUCCGCAGCAUCUCCGCUCCGUUCCCGGAGCAUCCCCGCUCCAUCCCCGCUCUAUCCCCGCUCCGUUCCCGGAGCAUCCCCGCUCCAUCCCCGCUCCGUUUCCGCUCCAUCCCCGCUCCGUUCCUGAAGCAUCCCCGCUCCGUUCCCGCUCCAUCCCCGCUCCGUUCCCGGAGCAUCCCCGCUCCAUCCCCGCUCCGUUCCCGGAGCAUCCCCGCUCCGUUCCCGCUCUAUCCUCACUCCAUCCCCGCUCCAUCCCCGCUCUAUCCCCGCUCUAUCCCGGUUCUAUCCCGGUUCUAUCCCGGCUCCAUCCCGGUUCUAUCCCGGCUCCAUCCUGGUUCUAUCCCGGCUCCAUCCCGGUUCUAUCCCGGUUCUAUCCCGGCUCCAUCCCGGUUCUAUCCCGGUUCCAUCCCGGCUCCAUCCCGGUUCUAUCCCGGUUCUAUCCCGGCUCCAUCCCGGUUCUAUCCCGGCUCCAUCCCGGCUCUAUCCCGGCUCUAUCCCGGUUCUAUCCCGGCUCCAUCCCGGCUCUAUCCCGGUUCUAUCCCGGCUCCAUCCCGGCUCCGCUCCAUCCCCGCCGCUCCCGGUCCCUCCUAGGCCCCGCCCCCCGGUCCCCGCCCCGUGCUGUGAUUGGCUGUCGGGGCGCGGGGGGCGUGUCCGGCGGGCCCGUAUUAAAGGUGCCAUGGCCGCCCGCAAAAAGGGGCCGCGGGCGGGCGGGAGCGCAGUGCGAGCCGAGCGGGCACCGGGCACGGCCUCGCCACGGAUCUUACCCCUUCUCCGCGCCGGCACCUCCCCAGCGGCCGCCGCAGGUAAGGAUCGCCUCCUUGCCCCCGUCUCUCCCCGAGGAGCGGAGGCGAUGCGCGGCGCGCGCGCUGUCGCGAUACCCCCGCGAUAAAGCGGCCGCUGCCCGCGGCUCGGAGAAGAGGGGGAACUCCUGCGUUUCUCACGGAGCUAUUCUCAGCGCCGAAAAUAAUUCGAUAGGGCUGGAAGUUCGCACGGACGCACCGCUCCAUCCCUUCGCCUCCUUCUCGCCUGUUGUUUCCUGCACGGAGGGAGGGCAGAAGCGGCGAGUCUCGGCACUCGCUUUGAGCGUCCGGGAUGGUUGA